AUGUCGAAUUUACGCGUUGACAAAGACGCAUUUUUGCGGCGUAUAAAGAGAGUUUAUUCCUCGUGGGCUAAAGCAUCUGGUGAUGAUGGGUUGGCUAAAAUGGAUGCCUUGGUUACUUCUGUUGGAGUGGAUGAGGAUGUGGUUUAUUCUAAAUCUACAUCUUUACAGACUUGGUUAUUUGGUUAUGAACUGACCGAUACUAUUAUGGUACUAUGUGAAAAUGGUAUUUAUAUACUAGCAAGUAAGAAGAAAAUAGACUUUUUGAAACAAGUCAAUAAUAAAGAUGGCGAUCAAGGUGUACCAAGUAUCAAAUUACUAACAAGAGAUAAGGCUGAUAAAGACCAAGCUAAUUUCAAAACAUUGGUAGAUGCUAUAAAAGGAAGUAAAAAGGGGAAAUGCUAUGGAGAGUUUGUUAAAGAUAAAUUUCCUGGAGAAUUUCUAGAUAGUUGGAGAGCUGCAUUGAAAGAUGGAGAGUUUGAGAAAGUUGAUGUUUCUACAGCUUUUGCCUACAUCAUGGCAUCAAAAGAAGAAACAGAACAGAAAACUAUACAGCGUGCUUGUCAAGUUACUUGUGAUGUAUUUAAUAAAUACCUAAAAGAACAAAUUAUGGAAAUUAUUGAUGCUGAAAAGAAAGUGAAACAUUCUAAGCUUGCUGAUGGUGUAGAACAGGCCUUACAGAAUAAGAAAUAUGUAACAGGUGUUGAUAGUUCACAAUUAGAUAUGUGUUAUCCUGCUAUAAUACAGAGUGGUGGAAAUUAUAGUUUGAAAUUUAGUACUGUUAGUGACGAAAAAUACCUACAUUUUGGGGCGAUAGUUUGUGCUAUGGGUGCUAGAUAUAAAUCAUAUUGUUCAAACAUAGUUCGAACAUUAUUAGUUGACCCAUCAGAACAGAUUCAGAAAGAUUAUGAAUUUCUUACAUUAGUUGAAGAGGAGAUCAUAGCCAAAUUACAACAUGGUACCAAGUUAAGUGAAGUAUAUAGUGCUGGUUAUAAUAAAGUUAAAAAAGAAAGACCAGGUUUAGUUGAUAAUCUCACCAAAUCAUUUGGUUUUGCCAUGGGUAUUGAAUUCAGAGAAGGAUCAUUACUUAUCUCAGCUAAAACUAAUGCUCCUGCUAAAAAGGGUAUGGUAUUCAAUGUUAAUGUUGGAGUAAGUGGUUUAGUAGCGAAAGAUAUCAAUGAAUCUCCUAAGAAGAAUUAUGCUUUGUUUAUUGGUGAUACUGUACUUGUCAAUGAGAAUGCUGCUGCUUCUAUUCUUACUAAUCUGAAGAAGAAAGUGAAACAUAUUGGAAUCUUCCUGAAAGAUGAUGAAGAUGAAGAAGAAGAGGAUGAGGAAGAAGAAGUUUCUCCAUCCAAACCAAAUACUGAAAUAUAUGGUCGUGGUAAACGUAAUGCUGUGCUUGAUACCAGAACAAGGACUGAAUUAUCUACUGAAGAGAAGCGUCAAGAACAUCAGAAAGAAUUGGCUUUGAGAAUGAAUGAAGAAGCUAGAGAAAGAUAUAGAGGACAGAAAACAGAUUCAGAUGAUAAAAAAGUUCGUAAAUCAAAUACCUCUUAUAAAAAUCCUUCCAAUUUCCCCAAUGAACCUGAAGUUAGGGACUUACAGAUAUAUGUUGAUAAAAGAUAUGAAACUAUUAUCUUACCUGUGUUUGGAUCAGCUUCACCUUUUCAUAUAGCCACUAUCAAGAAUAUCAGUCAGUCUGUAGAAGGAGAUUAUACCUAUCUACGUAUUAAUUUCUUCCACCCUGGAGCAACUCUCGGUAAAGAUGGUAAUAAUCUACCUAAUGCUGAUAUGAACUUUCUCAAAGAAAUUACAUACAGAAGUUCUAAUACUAAAGAACCAGGAGAGUUAUCUGCACCUUCAUCAAAUUUAAACACAGCUUUCCGUCUGAUAAAAGAAGUUCAGAAAAAAUUCAAAACACGAGAAGCUGAAGAGAAAGAAAAGGAGGGUAUAGUUAAACAAGAUACUCUGAUAGUCAACCCUAAUCGUGGUAAUCCCAAGUUGAAAGAUUUAUAUAUAAGACCUAAUAUAGUGUCUAAACGUAUAUCUGGAGCACUAGAGGCACAUACUAAUGGUUUCCGAUUCACGUCUGUGCGGGGAGAUAAAGUAGAUAUUUUAUAUAAUAAUGUGAAACAUGCUUUCUUUCAACCUUGUGAUAAAGAAAUGAUUAUAUUGUUACAUUUUCAUUUAAAGAAUGCUAUAUUAUUUGGUAAGAAGAAACAUAUAGACGUACAGUUUUAUACUGAAGUUGGUGAAAUAACUACAGAUUUAGGUAAACAUCAACACAUGCAUGAUAGAGAUGAUUUACAUGCUGAACAGGCUGAAAGGGAACUUAGACAAAGAUUGAAGUCUGCCUUUAAGAAUUUCUGUGAGAAAGUUGAGUCGUUAACAAAACAAGAAAUAGAGUUCGACUCUCCAUUCCGAGAACUUGGAUUCCACGGAGCUCCGUUCAGAAGUACAGUGUUUCUACAGCCCACUAGUGGUUGUAUUGUCAAUUUUACAGAAUGGCCUCCAUUUGUAGUAACCCUGGAUUCUGUAGAAAUGAUACAUUUUGAGAGAGUUUCAUUUCAACUGAAGAAUUUCGAUAUGAUAUUUGUAUUUAAAGAUUACAGUAAAAAGACAGCCAUGAUUAAUUCUAUUCCAAUGCAAGUUUUAGAUCAUGUGAAAGAAUGGUUAAAUUCAUGUGAUAUUCGCUAUACAGAAGGUGUACAGAGUUUAAAUUGGACCAAGAUCAUGAAGACUAUUACUGAUGAUCCUGAAGGAUUUUUUGAUAAUGGUGGCUGGACUUUCUUAGAUCCAGAAAGUGAUGCUGAAGGAGGAAAUGACGAUGAUUCUGAUGAAGAUGAUGGUGCGUUUGAACCAAGUGAUAUAGACUCUGAAGAAGAAAGUUCGGAAGAUAGUGAAGAAGCAGAAAGUGAUUGGGAAGAGGAAGAAGAUUCAGAAUCAGAAGAAAUGGGAUCAAGUGAAGAAAGUGGUAAAGACUGGGAUGAAUUAGAAGAAGAAGCAAGAAAAGGUAUGUAUAAAUGUUGCAUUCCUAGCUUCAGGUGA